AUGAAGUUAGCAACGUCAUCAUAUUCAUAUUCCUCAGUUACUCCUAUUCAUUCUGGUACUUCUUCAACAACCGCAUCCAAUUCCACAUCCACUUCUUCUUCCACUCAAACCCAUCAACUACUAAGCACACAAGCCGCAAUGGUUUCUUCCCUCCGGACCCACCGCCAUGCCCACUAUCCUCCUCCGUGGUUUAGUGUUGCUCCUAUGAUGGAAUGGACUGAUAAUCACUACAGGACUCUGGCCAGGCUCAUUUCAAAGAACGCAUGGCUCUACACUGAGAUGCUUGCUGCUGAAACAAUUGUCUAUCAAAAGGACAAUCUGGACAGAUUCUUGGAAUAUUCUCCAGAACAACAUCCUAUUGUUCUUCAAAUUGGCGGGAAUAAUUUGGAAAACCUAGCCAAAGCGACUGAGCUUGCUGAACCUUACAAAUACGAUGAGAUCAAUUUUAAUUGUGGAUGUCCGAGUCCAAGAGUAGCUGGACAUGGGUGCUUUGGUGCUCGCCUUAUGCUUGAUCCAAAGUUUGUUGCUGAGGCUAUGUCAGUGAUUGCUGCGCACACAGAUGCCCCUGUCAGUGUUAAGUGUCGAAUUGGUGUUGAUGAUCACGAUUCAUAUAAUGAGCUCUGUGACUUUAUUUACAAGGUUUCUUCUCAAUCACCAACUAGGCAUUUCAUAAUACAUUCACGGAAGGCACUACUCAAUGGAAUUAGCCCAGCUGAAAAUCGAAGUAUUCCACCUCUUAAAUACGAGUACUUUUAUGGCCUUUUGCGUGACUUUCCAGACUUAAGAUUUACGAUAAAUGGGGGCAUAAACACUGUUGAUGAGGUCAAUGCAGCUAGAAGGGCAGGAGCUCAUGGUGUAAUGGUUGGACGUGCUGCAUUUCAAAAGCCCUGGCAUACUUUGGGACAUGUUGAUACUGCCAUUUAUGGUGCACCAAGCAGUGGUGUAACAAGGCGUCAGAUACUUGAGAAGUUUCAAGUGUAUGGUGAUUCUGCUGUGGGAAAAUAUGGACGCAAACCAACCAUGCGAGAUGUGGCAAGGCCUUUGCUUGGUCUCUUCCAUUCAGAACCUGGGAAUGGUGUGUGGAAGCGCAAAGCUGAUGCUGCUUUCCUGCAUUGCACGACUAUGAAAUCAUUUUUUGAUGAAACGCUUGUGGCAAUUCCUGACCAUGUUCUAGAUUCACCUAUUGGAGAGCCAUCAUCAGGAGGUGAAGAUCCUUUUGCCAAUAUUCAUACUUUGCUGCCUCCAGCGUACGAAUCAAGGGAGCAAGAACUACUAUAUGCCUAG